AUGAGUGGCCGAGUCGGAGACCUGAGCCCCAAGCAGGCAGAGACCCUGGCCAAGUUCCGAGAAAAUGUCCAGGAUGUGUUGCCUGCCCUGCCCAACCCAGAUGACUAUUUCCUUCUGCGCUGGCUCUGAGCUCAGAAUUUCGACCUGCAGAGAUCAGAGCCCCUCCUCAGGGGUGCUGGGAGCCCAGUGAGACCUUACCACUCAACUCCCUUUCAGUACAUGGAGUUCCGGAAGACCAUGGACAUUGACCACAUACAUUGGCAGCCCCCCGAGGUGAUCCAGAAGUACAUGCCUGGGGCCCUGUGUGGCUGUGACCAUGACGGCUGCCCUGUGUGGUAUGACAUCGUCGGGCCGCUUGACCCCAAGGGCCUGCUUUUCUCUGUCACCAAGCAGGACCUGCUCAAGACCAAGAUGAGGGACUGUGAGGGCAUCCUGCACAAGUGUGACCUGCAGACAGAGCGGCUGGGGAGGAAGAUUGAGACCAUCGUGAUGAUAUUUGACUGUGAAGGCCUGGGGCUGAAGCACUUCUGGAAACCCCUGGUGGAAAUGUACCAGGAGUUCUUUGGCCUCCUUGAAGAGAAUUUCCCAGAGACCCUGAAGUUCAUGCUCAUUGUGAAAGCCACCAAACUGUUCCCUGUGGGAUACAACCUCAUGAAGCCCUUCUUGAGUGAGGACACUCACAGGAAAAUUAUCAUGUUGGGAAAUAACUGGAAGGAAGGUUUGCUAAAACUCAUCAGUCCUGAAGAACUGCCUGCCCAGUUUGGGGGGACCCUGACCGACCCAGAUGGGAACCCCAAAUAUUUAACUAAGCAAGCCCAUCUUGCUCUGUGUCUGCAAAUCAAAUGUGGUGGGGAGAUCCCCAAGUCCAUGUAUGUGCAGGACGAGGUGAAGACUCAGUAUGAGCACUUGGUGCAGAUCAGCCGCAGCUCCUCGCACCAGGUGGAGUACGAGAUCCUGUUCCCAGGCUGUGUCCUCAGGUGGCAGUUCUCAUCUGACAGUGAAGACAUUGGCUUCGGGGUUUUCCUGAAGACCAAGAUGGGGGAGUGGCAGUGGGCUGGGUUGAUGACGGAGGUGCAGCUCAACCAGCACUACAACGCCCACCUGGUGCCUGAGGAUGGGGGACUCACCUGCACGGAAGCUGGCGUCUAUGUCCUGCGCUUUGACAAUACCUAUAGCUUUGUCCACACCAAGAAGGUCAGCUUCACAGUGUAG